AAAGGCUUCACGCAACGCGCGAGGGUUUUGUUCAGCCAUCUUCAAGCAGCACACUCAAAUUGCCUUACGCAGUUUGCUUGUGUUCUACAACGCAUUGCCAUGGUUCAAUCAAACAAGAAGUUGAAGCAAAAACUAAGAGCAGCUAAAACUGAGCUGUUAGUUUCUUCUGAAGUUAAAAUCAACCCCACUAACCUAGAGGACCCAAAUUCAAAAUCCCUCAAAUCUCUUCUAAAUACAGUGACUCAGAAACCCAGAUUAUCCAAGAGGGAUAAACGUAGAGAAAAGGCGCUGACUUUGCAAGAUGGGCAGAAAGAGCAAGAGGAGGUCGGGGCAGGGAAUACGAGUGAGCAGAUGAAAGGAAAACAUAAGAAGAAGAAGAGAGAUGAAGCUGAGGGGUUAGAGAAGGAUAAAGGGGAGCUGAAGCAAGAGAGAAAGCCUAUCAAGAAGAAGAAAAAUAAGAAAAAGAAGAAUAAAGGGAAGCAAAGAGUAGAAGAUGGGGAAGUUAUGGAGGGUAUGGAUGUUGGGGAUGGAGGAAAUGGAGAAGCAGCAUCAGCAGCCGAGACUAGUAAAACUGAGGAAAGGGAAGAAAGCAUUGGUAUUUCUAAAAAAGUUUAUGUCGGAGGUAUUCCUUAUUAUUCCACUGAGGAUGAUAUUAGGAGUUACUUUGAAGGUUGUGGCACCAUUACAGAGGUUGAUUGUAUGAAUUUCCCUGACAGCGGAAAGUUCAGAGGAAUUGCCAUUAUCACUUUUAAGACUGAAGCAGCCGCUAAGAGAGCCAUGGCACUGGAUGGUUCUGAUAUGGGUGGACUUUUUCUGAAAAUCCAGUCAUACAAGUCAGCUAAAGCUAACAAAGUGUCCAACUUCUCACCAAACAUGGUGGAAGGGUAUAAUAGGAUAUAUGUGGGUAACUUAUCAUGGAAUGUAACAGAGGAUGACUUGAAGAAACUUUUUUCAGACUGCAGCAUAAGUUCUAUUCGAUUCGGUGAAGAUAAAGAAACAGGAGAAUUUUGGGGUUAUGCACAUAUGGAUUUUUCUGAUAGUCUCUCUCUAAACAUGGCACUAAAGUUGGAUCAAAAGAUUGUAUGUGGUAGACCUGUUAGAAUAAGCUGUGCUGUUGCAAAGGAAGGAGCUGUAAAGAAAGGAGGGGCAACCGAUUCAAGACCUAUGCUGAAAGAUCAAAAUGCGGAUAGUGUUGAAACAAGCACUAUUAGUGCAAAGAUUAGGAGGCGAACAUGUUAUGAAUGUGGAGAGCGUGGCCACUUAUCAUCGUCUUGUCCAAAAAACCAAGAAACUGAUCGGACAGAAGAAGUUGCUAGUUGAUUUUAGUUAAAAGACUUUGCAUGUUCACAAAAUCUGAUAUGGGCUGUGCUCACAGAAAUUUUGGUGUAGUUUUUAUCCUCUUGGACGACAUUUUUAGAAGUCCAUUAUUUGCUCUUUUUCCUAGUGCUUCCAAUGUUCUUUUAAUUUUCUCUGCAGCAAAGCAGAAAUUAGGAACAUGUGAUUGAUAGACAUGAACUAGAUUCAUGAGAAUGCCCAUUAUUAUACUGUUGCCCUGCUCAUUUCCACCCGCUUUUCUGAUGUAUUUCUAGAAAUAGUUGGUAGUUGGCCAUACAAGAAGCUCUUUUGAAUAAUUCCUUCUUUAGUUCUGGAUUUUGGUCUUGUGAUAAGAGCGGCACAAGUGAUAUGUGGGUUAUGGACUAUAUAACAAUUAUGUGUAAUUUUCAAUUGAUUUAGUUUUUAAUUUAUCUGAUUUACUGAUUAA